CAUAUUGGUUAGCUUGGCGCUUUUCUGUUGGAACAUAAUUUUCGCAAGCUAUGAGUGUAAACGGAAUGCAUAUGAUUUUACUACUGUGAUAUUGUUAUUUGUGGACAAUAGUGCAUAGAACAUUUGUUAAAACAGUUAAAAUGGAUCCCGCAAAGAUGAAAGUGGUGGAUUUGCGGUCCGAGCUUGGGGUUUUGGGCUUGGACACCAAGGGCAACAAACCGGCAUUGGUGGAGAGGUUAAAGAAGGCUCUAGAAGCUAAAACUGGCAAAUCAAUUGCCGACACAACAAUCUUGGACACAUCAACUGAAGAUGCAGAUGAGCCUGCAACGCCGAGACGCGCAGCCGCUCCCAGAACCACUAGGCGAUCGUCAUCUUCACGGCUCUGUGCUACUCCUGCUAAGCAGAUUACUAAAGAAGAUCCUCCGAAGAUAGAUGAAGAUCCAAUGGAGGAGGAAACAGAGUCAAACCCAGAGAACCAGGAGACAACAUCGGAGACCGCAUCGGAGACUCCCAAGAAAGUUGAUACCUCUGUCACUGAAGCUGAGCCAGAAAAGGAGACUGAAAGUAGCACUAACAAGAACAAGGGAGAUGAACUUUACAGCAUAGAUGAUGAACAGAGUCAGUCACCUGUAGAAAUGAAGCUGAAUACAGAUGAACAAGAUGAAACCAGCUCUCAGGAAGAGACGCAAGAGACUGCGCAAGGCGAUAAAGAUAAUAAAGAUGAUAAAGAUGAAAAGGAUGAUAAAGAUGAUAACGAUGAUAACGAUGAUAAAGAUGAUAAAGAUGAAAAAGAUGAAAAAGAUGAUAAAGGUGAUAAAUCUGAUAAACAAAAUGACGGUGACAAGGAUGGCAAGAACAAGGUGACAGGCGAUAAGCGACAGAGAGAUCAUGAAGAUGAUGAGGAAGAAAGAGAGCGUAAACGUGAGUUGACCGAAGAGGAAGAGUGGGAGCUCCUUAACGAGAGAUUGAUAGAGAAGGAGAAGGAAAGAUUGGAGAGGGAAAAGAAGCAAGCUGAAGAUGAUGCGAAACGAUUAGAGGAGUUCAGUGAUAACCCAAUAAAGUUGCAACGCUUGAAGAAGAAGUACGAGAAGAAGGCCCGCUGGAGUAACUACUACCGCUCUAUAGAAGUCACUAAUGAAGUACUGGCGCCACCUAUUGAAGAGCCACCUCGCAACAAGAAACAGGUAGCCGAACCGAAGUUUGUUGAACCGGAACUGGAUGACAACAAAAUAACACUCUCUUGGUAUGAUAGCGACCUGAAUCAAUAUUUGGAGCUACCAGACCUGAACUCCGUCGUACCGCUCAGUGAAGGUGCUUUUGCCCACGCAUGGGCUGGCGUCAGGGCAUCGCAUGGCGUCUCCAGUGGACGAGUUUGCUUUGAGGUUCGCAUGGGCACAGUUGUGUCAACCACAGAGACAACGGAGAAAGAAACUGUUGCAAGCGGCCUAAGGGUAGGCUGGUCUACUGACAACUCUACGUUGCAUCUUGGUGAAGGAGAGCUGAGCUGGGGUUACGAGAGCACGGGGCGUGCGGUUAACAACAGCGAGUUCAAGGAGUACGGCAAAGCCUUCAACGAAAAGGACGUCCUCGGCGUAUAUUUGGACCUUGAAUCGAACCCUUGCAAGAUAUCUUACACGUUGAACGGCGUAGAACUUGGCACCGCCUACGAGUUUGAGAAGCAAGCACUCAACGGCAAGGCAUUGUUCCCUCAUGUACUUACCAAGAACGUGUGCUACAGAGUCAACAUGGGUCACGAUAGAUAUAAUAUGCUGUCAAGGACGAAAAUAGUAAGAAGAAGGAACGAGAUACCGAUCGAGCAGGUCCUGGAAGAGAAACGGAAGCGGGAAGAGGAAAUCAAACGGCAGAAAGACGAAGCGGCGAAGAAAGAGAGGGAGCGUCGCGAGAAAGACAGAAAAGAACGAGAGGAAAGGCAGAGAAAGAAAAGAGAGGAAAGAGAGCGCAUAGAUAAAGAGCGCAAAGAGAAAGAAGCUCAAGAAAAGAAGGAGAAGGAAGCCCAGGCUAAAAAAGAUAAAGGGGAGAGCAUGGAAGUGGACGAGAAACCAGAGACAGAGGAGGAGUCCUCUAAGAAAGAUGACAAAGAAGAGGAAGCAGGCAAGGAUAAGGAAGCCGCCAAGGAAAAGGAUAUUGAAGCUGCCAAGGACAAUGAUAAGGAGGCUGCCAAGGACAAGGAUGACCCUAAGGAAAAUGGUGAGAAACCAGAGAUCCCGGUAGAGGUGAAACAAGAACCGAUGGAAGCUGAGGAGCAACCAACAGCCCCAUCAGCGCCCGUUGUUGCCAAGGAGGCCAACCCUGAAGUUAAGGAGGAGUCUUCUAGCGAUGUUGUCGAGAUGAUGGAGGAAGAUUUGUACUCCGGAUACUCUUUAGACAAGCGUAUCAAAUCCGUUAUUAGGUACACUGUAGACGAGGAGUUGGACGGCGUGGAAGCUUGCUUACUGCCUGGAUACAUUCUCAUUGCGCACGCGGACCUCGUAGACGGCGCACGCAGACCCGCAACUAACGCAGAGUGUGAAGUUAUCCUGAUGGUUGGCAUGCCCGGUUCAGGAAAGACCUACUGGGCGAAGAAGCACUGCGCUGAGCAUCCCGAGCGCCGGUACAAUCUGCUCUCCACGGGCUCGCUCUUUGACAAGAUGAAGGUGGACUGUAAAUCAUUCCGGUCCAGCUUCGAGGGCAAGUGGGACGCGAUGGUGACUAAAUGCGCCAAGUGCGUGUUAAAAUUGGUGGAAGUCGCCAAGGGAAGGCGCAGGAAUUUCAUCCUCGACCAGACGAAUGUAUACCCGUCGGCCCAGCGACGCAAGCUCAGGGAGUUCGAGGGGUACAGGCGCGUCGCCGUCGUCGUGGUAGUGGACGAAGACACGCAGAAGGAACGCGCCGCCACGCGCGAAGCCGCAGACGGCAAGGAGGUGCCUGACCCAGCUAUCAUGGACAUGAAAGCCAACUUCACUUUGCCCGAGCGCGGCUCGUGGCUAGACGAGAUCAUUUACCCAGAGCUACCGGAGGACGAAGCCAAAGCGGUAGUUGAGGCUUACCAUCGUGAAGCUGCGGCCGCUGGGGCUGUGAAGGAGAAAGACAAACGAUCGCGCUCUGCGUCAAGGGACGGUCCGCCAGCGAAGAGACAACGGUCCUCUGAUCGCCGCGAUCAUCGAAGGCAGAGAGACCAUAGAGAUCGUGAAGACAGAUGGGGAGGUGGUGGUGGCGGCGGCGGCGGUGGUGGCGGCGGCGGCGGCGGCGGCGGUGGCAGUCGCUGGGGCCCUGCAAGCGGUCCGAUAGGCGGCGGCGGCGGUGGUGGCGGUCAGGGUGGCCGCGGAGGACGUUGGGGCAGCCGCGACAGAGGUGGUGGCAUGGGCUCCGGGCCCGCGCCGCGCUUUGACCGCUGGGCCCCGCAACCACCCAGAAACGACUUCGGCGGCCGCGAUCGAGGAGACUUCCGCGGUGGUCGCGGAGGACAUGGAGGACAUGGAGGCCCUGGAGGUCCGGGAGGGCAAGGCGGGCCGCGUCAAGACCGCGGUCCGGGAGGUCCCCCGGGCGGCCCAGGGGGCCCAAACUCGAGGGGCCCGCCAGGAGGCGAUCGGUUCCAGCGAGACAACAGGCCUCAGAACAGAGGUCCCUCGGAUAAUAAGCGUGCAGGAGGCGGUGGCGGUGGUCCCAUGCUUGGUAAAAAUCAAGGUCCCCAGGGAGGCAGUGGCGGUGGUGGCGGCGGUGGCGGCGGCGGUGGUAACAGUGGUGGCGGCGGUGGUGGUGGCCCAGGUGCGGGGGGUGCGGGAGGUGCGGGCUCCUGGCAGCGCGGCUCGCAGCAGCAGUCCCGCCCGCCUAGGCCAAACCAGCAACAACUGAGCAGACAGGAUGGCGGCAAUAACCAAAACCAAAAUCAGAACCAGAACCAGAACCAAAAUCAAAACCAGCAAGGUUGGAAUCAGUGGGCCGGCGGAUGGGGAGGCUGGGGCAAUUGGAACAACCAGAAUCAAGCAGGAUGGGGCAACUGGGGAAAUUGGGGCUGGGGCAACCCAGCACAACAGGGCGGUGGCGGCGGCAACGCACAGCAGCAGGGCGGCGGCAGCAGCGGUGGCGGUGGCGGCGGCAAGAAUCAACAACAGCAGCAGCAACAACAGCAGCAGCAGCAGCAGCAAUGGCCCACCAACUACACCGCCCAACAGUGGUACCAGUGGCAGCAGUGGCAGCAACAGCACGGAUGGCCUGGGUACCAGCAAGGCGGCCAGCAACAGUCGCAGACCGGUGGGGGACAACAGAACACGCCAACCGCGACCAAUGCAGCCGACGCUGCGCAAGCCUGGGCGCAAUACUACCAGAACUACGGCGGUGCAAACACGGGCAAUACAAACGCCGUUGACAAAAAGUGACGUAGACCACCAACACAACGAGAGUAGACGCACGGGCGAUGGCGGACAUGCACCAUAUCGACUACACGAUGACUGUAGAGAUAGAUCACUUGACAUAAUACCUAUAGAAAAUUAUACGAUUUCAUUUGACCAGACAAGCGUGGCGUAUGCAAACAAAAGCAUAUCGAUACCAUGAUUCUUUUGCACACGACUCUCUUAUCUAAAUUACCAGGUAAGCAAUGCCGGUGAAAUUACAAGCACAUGGGAGCUAAAGUGUUGCUCCGGUUAUUGGUUAUACCAUAUGUUUGGUCUGAAAAUUUUAAUAAUAUAAAAAUAUGUAAAAGUAGUGCCCUCCUUUUGACUUCCUUCCGUGUGCAAAAGGAUGGCACAAUUUUUAGAACUCUCAGUUUAGGUUAAGAGAUUUGCUUACAAAAGAUUCAUGGACGUAUAAGAAAAUGGUCAACCGUACAAAAUUUUUACUAGAUAAAGUCAAGUAAAGAUUCUGUAUACAAAAAUAUUAAGUUAAAUUUGUUACUAAUAAUAUAUUAAAUCUUGCGUGGCUAGGCCAAUGGAAAUUAAUGACUCACUGUUUUCUUAACGCUCAUGUUUUGAGACAAACCAAAUCGUUAUAUUUGGCACACAAUCCCCUACACUCGCGAGGUGGCGUCUGGUGUUUCUGGUCAUAGAAAUUAUAUGAAUUUGACUUGGCACGCGUGGACGUAGCGUGUUAUAAGUAUGCACGGAUUUUCAGUUGUUUUGUAUUAAACCAAACCAAAAAAGGUUAAAAAGUCGUUAAUCUAAAUACACCAAAUGUAAUAUCUUAGUUCGAUAAAAAAAAUUAGAUUCCUAUAAGGAGGGUUAUUGUUUUAUCUCUUUCUAGCGCCUGAGAUUAAAAGUUCUUUUUUAACUAAAAUUUUCUGAUAUCUUCAGAACAUUUUAAAUUCCAUUAUAAACUUUCAUAAUGUUCCUUCGCCAUUGCCCAGUGAUAUUAUAUAUCUAAUUUGGGUUUAGGAAUUUAAACUUUAAGAAUUACUUAGUUUUCUCAACACGCGGUUUUUUGUGAUCGUCUUAAAUGCAAGUCGUGAUUAUUUUUGUAUGAAAUCUUUUAACGGCACGUAUGAAUGAUUGAUGUCUCGCUUAAAGAUAAACUACAAUAUCAUCUGGUAAUACUUGUACUUAUAUUCCGAGGGUUCACAGCGAAAACUUCCGCAUAUUGACGCUGAUUUUGCGGUAACUAAUAUAAAUAGACAGAAAUAAAAUAGCGCUCUGAAAAGUAUGAUGCUACAUUUAUUUCUGUAAAUUUUGGAAUAUUAAGUAUUUUAAGGAUACAUCUCGGAAUAUUAGGUAUCCAACUGUGUGUAAUUCAGCUUAGCUCACGUUUGUUUUGGUCGGUGUAUGUCCGGCUCUUUCAGAACUUAGUACCUGAGGUGGAGUGAAGAACGUUCGCGUGUUUAUUUACAUUGCCGUAGUCUGAUAUACACCGACCAAAACACACCUUCGUAAGCAAAUUUUAAUGUAUUAAUUAUUUAGGCAAUAUUAUACUAUUGUUAUUGAAUAAUAAUUCUUAAUAUCGUUAAAAUUUUUAAAACUAGUAAAAAAACAAAAAUGUAUUAUGGUCAGUAAAUACAUUGCCGUGAACUCUCAGAGUAAUCAAAUUACACUGUAUAUAAUUAUCAAUAUAUUUAGAUCCUGUAUACAAAACAAUAAAUAGAGAAAAACUAUUUAGCAUUUUGAUCCCUAGAUGAUAGUGAAUAAGGUUUGUUUUUAGAUGACUGUUACAUUUGUAAUACUGAGUGAAUGGAAGCUAAGGCUUCGCGUGUUAGCAAGCGUGUACAAAACACAAGAUUCCUGUGGUAGUAGAUUUGAAUGGCAUUCAUGGAAAAAUUAACUAAGUAUCUAUAAUAAUAAAUAAUAUAAGCACAGUU